UUAGCACCGCCAAAGGCAUCCUCUUCUCGCAGGGUGGCUCCACAAGGGCUCAUAUCAGAAGGGGACAGCCAUGGAGUACACAAGCAGACACGGUCUGUCCUGUGCUUAGAUUAGAAGUCCAGGAGUAAUCGCCAUAGCGUCUGUACAUACAGUUCACAGAGUCAUCACCGUGGACACGUCAUUCUUCUCAGCCACUGUCUACAUCAUGAUUUACUGAUUUAUGCUGACCGUACCACCUACCUGCUAUAUAUGCUAUGCAUGCCUUUUUGACAGUCAGGGAGUCGCGUCUUGAUCCUCCCUGCAGGGUUUACUUUGUGCUGAAAUAAAACGUCAGCUCCAAGACUUUCUUUUCCUGAUCUUCUUUCCUCGUUUGCAUCAGAAUCAUCUAGAGGACCCACAUUUACAUGUAUUUCCCUCAUCAGAUAGACUGAACUUCUGAGCCACCUGUUGCUGUAAUUAGCAUUUAGUCAUCCUGGUGGAGUCAUGACAUAUAACGGCACUGCUUUUAUGUUACUGAGCAUCUUAAGCUCCUACAAUGCCAGUGGCAAACUUUUAGUUUUUCUAAUUGAUGGACUCCGUUUUGACUACCUCAAUAAUCUGGACAAUUUUCCUGGGUUCCGACAGAUUGUGGAAAACGGAGUGAAAGUGGAUUACAUGACUCCAGAGUUCCCCAGUCUGUCUUAUCCAAACUACUACUCACUCAUGACAGGCCGGAACACUGAAGUGCACCAGAUGACUGGGAACUACAUGUGGGACAUGGACUCGGAUACGGAAUUCCUGCUGGGCACCAACGCAGACAGCCGCUUGCCUCUGUGGUGGGACGGAGCAGAGCCGAUCUGGGUGACCAUGGAGAAACUGGGCAAGAGGGUCUACAUGUACUACUGGCCAGGGUGUGAAGGCGAGAUUCUAGGAGUGAGACCAUCUCUCUGUGAACCGUACCAACCAAACGUAAAUGAAGGGAACUUGACAGAUGCCAUGGAACGUGCCCUUGACGCGUUAAAUGAUGGCCAAACUGACAUGGCUGCCGUGUAUUAUGAGAGGGUUGACGCAGUGGGUCAUUUCUUUGGGCCCCAGUCACUUGAGACCACAGGAACAGUUCUUGGUCUGGAUGGCGCCAUGCAAUUUCUCAACCAAAGGGUCAUGGCAAAAAACAUGAGCAAAGUCUUGAACAUCGUCAUGUUCUCUGAUCACGGCAUGUCUGAGAUCACAAACCUCAUUGAGCUGGACAAACACAUCAACCUGUCCGAUGUCAUCAAGGUGCUGGACAUUGGUCCUGUCGUGAGCCUGUGGCCCAAACAAGAAAAGUUGGAAGAGAUAUUCACUGCUCUUAGUGCUGUGGAAAAUAUGACAACCUACCGCAUAAGUGACAUCCCUGAUCGAUUCCAUUACAAGGAGGGGAUGUUUGUUUCAACUCUGACCCUUGUAGCCAAACCAGGCUGGAUCAUCACUCCUACCAUAUCAGCCCUGCCUUUCCAGCCAAAUGCCACGGGAGGCAGGAAAUAUGGAGCACAUGGCUACGACAAUGAACUUGUUGAGAUGAGAGGGUUCUUUGUAGCAAAAGGGCCAGAUUUCAAAAGCAACUUCACUGCUGGACCAAUCAGAUCCGUAGAUGCCUAUAACGUCAUGUGUCAUACCCUGGGGAUUGAGCCGCUCCCCAAUAACGGCUCAUUCGACCGCGUGAGGGCCAUGCUGAGAGAGCCGUCCAGUACAGCGGUCCUUGUAACCCAGCACAGCUGUCUCUUGGUCUUGAUAGGACUGUUUAUAUGUGUACAUGUGUCACCUUACUGAAAUCCAUCCCCAUUACGUUUUACCUGCAUUUACCUCAAUGCCACACUGAUAAUAGUAAACGAGCCUGAAAAGAAUGCAAUGUGCAUCUACUUCCUGAAUUUUGGGUCAACGAUACACGGGACACCGAAACACCGGGGCACAUGAAAUUUGGUGGGUAUGUAGCCCCACUAGACUUUUACGGAAAAAAAUUGUUUGGUCCCUGGAGGCCCUGAAACCCAAAAAAUGCAGUUUUUCCUAAAUAACUACCUGAUCCGUGGCACCGAAGAUGAAGACAUUUUUAUGGUAUAUUGGUCUCAAGGGUCCACAUCAACCUCGCUCGCAGUCCUUGGUGGCCCUGUCAGCUGCUCUGUAAAAUGUUGCAUUAAGACCAUAAAAAGUCUACACGAAAUAAAUGUGAGCAACCUAAACUUUCAUUCCCAAACACUCGCUAGACUAUAUGCAGUGCCAAGUUUGACAUUGUUUGGAUUAGGCCUAAUGCAUGUAACGUUAAAUAUAAAGGAGCACACAUUGGCUUUCUCUGCUCUACUACCCAUCUUACACAGCACAGCGCGUGGGACCAAAGGGGUAGCGGAGUUUUGGCAGCACUGAAAAAUGCAAGAUGUUUGGAUGAUCAACAAUUACGUAAGGCUCCCUGUAUGCAGUUUGCUUGCAUAAAAUGAUUCCGCGGAUUUUGCAAGAACACGCCAACAAACACGAGUAUGCAGUGUCAUUCAAAACGACAAAAACCUGAUGUGCAAUAAACUGACAAUUGGAAUAGCCCAAGGUCUGCAAGGUCCCGAAUUAAAACGAGCGAUAUGCUAAUGGUCCCGAAUUUAAGGAAAUUUCAGAAUGCCACACAGCUAUAGACAACGAUUGACACACAGAGCAAGAUGUCACUUAUGCUGCCUACCAGAGACUGUUUCUAAGUCACAUUGUUGCAAAUUUCAUAUGAUGAUGCAUCAUUCCAAAAAAAAUGGUUUGUCUUAUCUAUCAUAAAGUUAUUCAAUAUACAGUAUAGG